AUGUCACUAGAACAAUGGAACACUUCCUUGUCGCAAAAAUUUACGGCCAGCACGAUUUUACAGUGCUGCUAUCUUGUGAUCGGGGUGCUUGGGAAUUUAUUGGUGAUUUCUAUGUACAGAUUCAAGAUGCGGGGCCAAAACGAGGACCGGUUCUUUAUCCCCGUACUGGCUGUCGUAGACCUGACUGGGUGUCUCACAUCCACCUCGCUCUCCUUGACUAGGAACCUGUUCCCAGUCAUGUUUCCAAGUGAAGUUCUUUGUAAACUCUUAUUUUUCAGCACCUCCUUGACCAUCAUUAGUUCUUUACUUCUUUUACUUGUGAUCUCUGUACAGCGCUAUCAGAAGAUCUGUCGGCCGUUCGGCUGGCAGAUGACUGGGAGACACAAGUACUGCUGUGUUGCGGUGACUGUGUGCUGUGCCGGACUCUUGUCUGUUCCCGUCAUAUUUUUGUACGGAAAUCACCCAGCACACACAGCCAACAUCACGGGCGUUAAUUGUGGCGUGGGAACAGGUAAACAUGGCGAUAUAGCUAUCUACAACUACAUUAUCUUGAUAUUAGAGUGUAUAGCCGUUGGUAUAAUGACUUAUCUUUACUUCUUGGUCGGCAAGAGGGUUUUCUACAGCUUUAAAAGUAUGAAGAGUUAUAAACGUAAUUUUUCAAUUUCAAAGAACUCCAAUGCAGCAGUACACUGCCCUUCAGAAGACGAGAGUUUUAUCUCUAGAGAGAGUGCUGAAAUUUGUAAAAAGGAUGAAGAGAAAAUGAAGGAAAAUCAACCAGUGAUAGAAAAUUCAACAGAACUCAAGAAAGAAAACUACAGCCAGGAACCACUUCAAAUUCUCGUGUGUAACGCAAGUACUCAAACAAUGUCAAGACGCACAACGAAAAAGUCAUUGAGCAUUGAUGCUUGUCCUCAGCAUUAUGGGAUGGAUCACAAUGACAGAGAUCCGCCGGAUAACACGGAGUCUUCCGCGGAGGACGCUCCGGUAUUUAUAUGUGAUCCCGUGGAUCUUCCCACCAAGGCAGCGGAACUCCAUACUGUACAGGAAAAUGACGCACAGGUAAAAGAACUGUUGGAGAAAAACACGGACAACAGCUGUGUAGAGAGAGCAGAGAAUCCGGAUAUUGUGACGAGGAAACUCAGAAGUCAGAGCGUAGCGUCACUCAGUAACAAGAGAAAUCAAAGUGUUCCUUGUUUCAGCAAACAUAGAAACCAAAGUAUUACGUCUUUUAGUCAAAGUAGAAAUCGAAGUGCACCAUCUUUUAGUAAGAACAAAAACCAGAGUAUAGCAUCUUUUAAUAAGGAUCGGAAAGCGUCAAAUGUAGACUCUAUUUACAGCAAUAAAAACACGUGUACAGCUCAUCGCAUUUUUGUCUUCUUUGGCACAAACUACACCCUAGGAUUACCCAAGAGUAAAUAUGCAAAUCAAACGUCAAAGCACAUCUUCUGUGAUGAUCCCUCUGACGAGCACGUUUCCCCUCCCAUAAAAAGAGUGCACAUAAGUCAUGUGAGAAGUGACAUUGAGCUAUGA